CAAUUUUGGCUCUUAGUUAUUUGAAAAUGUUCAAAUUAUUGGUUUGUCUAACAGCAAUUACGGGUGCAUUAUGUGCUACCAUUCCAGGUGGUCGUAUUGUUGGCGGUCAGGAUACUACUAUUAAUGAAUUUCCAUGGCAAAUUUCGUUACAACGUAGUGGUUCACAUAUUUGUGGUGGAAGUAUUUAUAACAACAACAUUAUUCUGACAUCUGCACAUUGCGUUGAUAACGUACAAAUUAAUGUAUUGAGAGUUCGUGUUGGAUCUUCAUAUUGGAAUUCUGGUGGUAGAGUGAUUAGUGUCAGUUCUGUUUAUAUUCAUGAAAACUACAAUGCAAAUACACUUGCAAACGAUAUAGCUUUAGUGAAAUUAAGCUCUUCACUUAGUUACAGUGCUACAAUACAAAGUAUUGCGUUAGCUUCAGAAACUCCCGAUGACGGUACACAUGCCAUGGUUACAGGCUGGGGAACGAAAUCAUAUGGUUCAGCAGAUAUACCAAGUCGAUUGCAAUAUACUGAUGUUGAAGUAAUUAGUCAAGCGACUUGUUCUUCUUCAGCUUAUAGUUAUGGAACUCAAAUUAAAGAUACCAUGAUUUGUACUGUAGCUUUGGGUGGAAAUGCUUGUCACGGAGAUUUUGGUGGUCCAUUAGUGGCUGAGGAUAAAUUGAUUGGCAUUGUUUCUUGGAGUAUCGGUUGCGCACAAAUAAAUUAUCCUAGUGUUUAUAUCAAUAUUGCUGAUUUUAAGAAAUGGAUUGAAAAUGCUGUGGUAUCCAUUUAUUCACUAAGUAUUCUUAUAACUUCGGAAGGACAUUUGAUUUCCGUCUUCAAAAAUAUAUUCGAGUUCUUUUUUUUUUUAAUAACAAAUAAAAUGUUUCGCAUAAUCACCGCACUGGUUUUAAUAAUCGGCAUUAGUACAAAUUCAAUAGCGGGGAAUCGAUUACCACAACAACGAAUUAUCAAUGGUCAAUAUAUCAGCAUAAGUAGGCAUCCAAGCACUGUUUCCUUACGCAUGAAUGGCACACCCAUUUGUGGCGGUUCGAUUGUUACUAGUAGUAUUGUACUGACAGCAGCCCAUUGCUUUAUAGAUCCGACAGCAUCCUAUACUAUACUUUACGGUUGUACAUCACUAGAUAACUGUGGAAAUGUCAGAGAUGUUUUAACAUAUUACAUUCACCCGAAUUUUGAUCACAACACAUAUGACUAUGAUUUAGCAUUGGUAAUAACAAGUAAAAUAAUCGACUUUCACGCUUACUCACAGCCUAUUGCAAUUGGGAGGGUUCUACCAUCCGAUAAUACAAAUGUUACCAUUUUUGGUUAUGGCGCAACACAGGAAGGUGGUUCAUCAAAACGUAUCUUACAAGAAGCGACAAUUCCAAUCGUUAACAGUGCAACCUGCCAAGUUGGAAAUUUUCCAUAUUUUAUAUCAUCCAAUAUGUUUUGUACAGUAGGUAAAGAUAAAGAUGCAUGCCAAGGUGAUUCAGGUGGUCCAGUUAUAUAUAAUCGUACUCUGGUUGGUAUUAUAUCUUGGGGUAUUGGUUGUGGACGUUCUGAUAGAUAUGGCGUAAAUACGAAUAUACCGAAAAUGUAUAACUAUAUCAAUGAUCUUAUAACACAAUUAUCAUAAAAUUUUUAACAUUGGAUUCAUGGAAAAUGGAGAAUUUAUUGUUACAUCUUUAUAUCAAAACUUGUAUUAAAAUAUUAA